UCCGAUUGUAGGAAAUCUUAUUCAAUACCAAUUGUACUGAAUCCCUGCCACCCCGGCUUCUUCUUCUUCUCCCCCGAACCUGCAAGUUCAACUUCACAGUCCAAAACCAGUCAUAGGAAGCACAAUUCUACGAUCCAACUCACCCACCCAUUGGUCCAAAUAGACCCAGAUCAGAAUACUACUGCGUCAAAGUGGGCCUGAGCUGGGUCUUGGCAAUACCCAGAUGAAGAUUUUCAGAAAAUGAAGAGGUUCAAGCAAAACCUUGAUGGUGAUCAUUUAUCUACCCACUUGGAUUUGGAUACCCGUAAUGCUCUGAGGGACCCGGAUAGGAAAUCUGGUUUGAGUUCGAUGAAGGUGAUGGGGAUCUUUGUGGCUGGCUUGAUUGUGUUUUCGGUGCUCUUUUCAGUGAAUGUGGUUCUCAGAGACCCACCUUCGGAUGCCGUUUUUGAAACUUCAAAAGCUCGAGUUCUUGAAGUGGAACACAGAAAAGAUUCAGAAGAUCAAUUUUCAGAGUCUCUUGAGGUGCCAAAGGAUAAAUUGCUUAGAGGCCUUCUCGCUGAUGGAUUUGAUGAGGGAUCUUGUGUCAGCAGAUACCAGUCAGCUUCAUAUCGUAAAGAACUGCCAUACAGACCCUCUUCUUACCUUAUAUCCAAGUUGCGAAGCUAUGAAGCUCUACAUAAACGGUGUGGACCUUAUACUGAAUCCUAUAACAAAACCUUGGAACAACUCAAGUCUGGCUAUCACACAAGCUCCCUGGAUUGUAACUAUGUGGUAUGGAUUUCCUUUAGUGGAUUAGGGAAUAGGAUAUUGACCUUAGCUUCAGCAUUUCUUUAUGCUGUCCUGACAAACCGGGUUUUACUAGUGGACCCUGGAGUUGACAUGGUUGAUCUCUUCUGUGAACCAUUUCCAGAAGUCUCGUGGUUCCUCCCCAUGGAUUUCCCCCUUAAGAAUCAGUUUGACAGCUUGGAUCAGAAAUCACCUCACUGUUAUGGGAAGAUGCUGAAGAAGAAUAGCAACUUUACAAAUUCCGAUGGUUCGGUGAUGCCAUCUUUUGUAUAUCUCCAUCUAGCCCAUGAUUAUGAUGAUCAAGAUAAGCUUUUCUUCUGCAGCCAAGAUCAAACUUUUCUCCAAAAGAUACCAUGGUUGAUCAUGAAAACAGAUAACUAUUUUGUUCCAUCUCUUUUCUUGAUUCCAUCUUUUGAGCGAGAACUAAAUAAUCUCUUCCCGAGGAAGGAAACGGCUUUCCACUUUUUGGGUCGAUACCUUUUCCACCCCACAAAUGUAGUAUGGGGACUUAUUACCAGAUACUAUCAAGCUUAUUUGGAAAAAGCAGAUGAAAGAAUAGGCAUCCAGAUCAGAGUUUUUGAUACAGGAACUGGCCCCUUUCAACACGUGUUUGAUCAGAUCCUAGCCUGUGCGGUGAAGGAGAAUUUGCUACCAGAAAUCAACAGGCAGGAUUUCAUCGUCAAUCCAUUGGGAACCCCAAAGUCGAAAGCUGUGCUGAUGACAUCUUUAAGUACUGGGUACUUUGAGAAGCUCAGGGACAUGUAUUGGGAGCAUCCUACUGUGACAGGGGAGGUGAUUGGCAUUUAUCAGCCUAGUCAUGAGGAGUAUCAACAGACCGAGAAGCUAAUGCACAACCGCAAGGCAUGGACCGAAAUGUACUUGCUAAGUUUGACAGAUGUGCUGGUCACAAGCUCAUGGUCAACCUUUGGGUAUGUCGCGCAGAGUCUUGGAGGGCUGACACCAUGGAUACUCUACAAACCCGAGAACAGGACAGCACCCGAUCCACCUUGUCAGCGAGCCAUGUCAAUGGAGCCUUGCUUCCAUGCGCCUCCCUUCUAUGAUUGCAAGGCCAAGACAGGAGUGGACACCGGCAAAUUAGUUCCUCAUGUGAGGCAUUGCGAGGAUAUGAGCUGGGGUCUUAAGUUGGUUGAUAGUUAAGAUGAGUUGUAGCUGCGUUAUAUGUCUGUUUUUUAUUAUAUAUAUAUCCAAAGUUAGUAAGGCUAAGGGAGAGUGGGAAAACUCACACACACGGGUACCGUGGGGGUUUGAACCCAGGACCACUUGGGAGCACACCAAAGGCCUGAGCCAAUCUAACUGACACUCCACUGGUAGCUGGUUUAUUUGUCUGUUGUAACCGUUUGAUCAUGAAUAACAAAUUUGCAUUUUUUUUCAGGUA